CACCUCUAUCUGACCGGUAACCGUCUGAGGUCGCUGCCCGACUCCCUGGGCAGCUGCCUGCCCUUGCUGACCUACCUGGACGUGCGGGACAACCUGCUGGACACUGCCGGCCGCUAUCUCAGCUGGCACACCUGCAGGUGCUGCUGCUGCAGGACAACAGGAUAUCACCUGCCGCCGCAGCUCGCUCUGUUGACGCGACUGCAGUCAGUCAGCUACUCGGGCAACCCUCUGCUGUUUCCACCGGACGAGGUAACCCAGGCCGGCUGGCCGAGGGUGCAGCACUACCUGAGAGGACUUCUAACGGACGCCGACAGGGCAGCCAUCAGUGUACAAUCGAUUGCGAUUCUGAACGAAGGCACGGAGCCCGCUCGACCGACAGACCGCCGCACUCUCAACGCUACAAACGACCCAGCCCGUAGCGUCAGAUUCUCCGAGGGCAGCGCAGAUCACUGCACUGCUGAUCCAGGAGACAGCCGAGAUCAGCGUGUUUUCGAUCGAGGGAUCAACAGGGAUCAGGGCACUUAUGGUGCGCAGGAUGAUAAGGAUCAAAGCGCUACUGGUGCCAGAGACACGAGCAAAUCCUCUGGUACUGAAGAGAAACAGCGACUCAGCGAAAACCCCAGCGUCGAAGAAGAUGAAGAGGAAGCGAGCGAGGAAGGAGAAGGUGAAGCAGAGGAGGAGGAGUAUGAUGAGCGUGGUGUCAGUGAAGUGUCUGCUGAGACAGCGGCGCUGGACGUAUCGCCCUGUGCCGACCCGGCCGGUCAGACCUCCGCCGGCCGGUCCGCGGGUGACCCUGCUGGCGGUCAGAGGCGGACGCUGCGCCUGGCCGUCUCGAUGCCCGGCCUGGAGGGCCAGGCAGGUAGCGCGCUGGUCAGCGUGCCUGUGCCUCCUCCGACCGAGCAGCAGCGGCAGCAGCAGCAGCAGCGGCCCGGACCGGCCGCCGGACCGGACGAUACCGGCGCCGAGCGGCGGCAGCGGACGGGAGAGACGUCGCCGAAAAAGGUAUACCUCAGUCCUGGCGCAGCGGCGGGCCAGAGGCGGGCCGUACCUCUCCGUCUGGUCAGGUUGGAGCCGCCUCUGCCGAGCCAGGAGACCGGACGGCGGCCAGAGGUCAGGGUCAGGUCAGCCGAGCACCAUCUGAGCGGGAUCAAAGAAACCGACCGGGCUUCUCGGCACCCUCGGCGGCGUCAGCAGAGGACCAAAAAGACUAGGAAAGUGUCCAAAUGGGAGCAAUCGGCUGAGGAGACGACUCGUCCCGCUGCGAGGGUACCUUGUUUCCCUCCGUGUCCCGAGUUGCAGCUCGAACCCGACGACCGACAGCUCCAGCUCAGAAAACUGGAGCGACAGCGGCGGCUCUGGCUUCUUCAGAGGCAGAGUGAUACGAUAUUUCUGAGUAAUUGGAGAGAAAAGGCGAGAAAGAUGCAGAAAGAGCUGUUCUUCCGAACCGUGAAAUACGCAUCUGACGGUCUACGCUGCGGUCCGCUGGUCACCCCUUACGACAGUCCGGGCCGCCCGCUCUCGGCCGAUCCAUUGGUGGCCCACUGUCCACCCGAGCCGGGACAACCGACUCAGCCGGAUGCGCCAAUGAACGUCAAACGCUCCUGGGCCGAACGAGUGCGUGACGGCGAUCAGCUGCAGCGGGACGUCUCGGCAGUGGUGCGCCGCAUACAGUCGGGUCAGCUGCGUCCCGCCUCCAGUCCACGCGGCCAGCUGAGGGAGUCCUCCCGGCGACUGCUCGAGCUGGAGUCACUGCUGAAGUCACUGGAGCAGUUCCGGCUGAGGCAUCCGCUGCCACGAUAAACCGUCAGGAACGAUCAGUGGUCAGUUUCGGUGCGAGAACAGUACAAAACAAAUUCAGCAGGUACUCCGAAUCGUUUGAUUACGUUUCCGUCUGAUGCUGCAACAAUUUCACUUCUACGAAUCACAUAUUGUAUGCUACCAAAGUGUCACAUGUCAUAUAUCCAGCCGUGCAGGCCGCCUCCGUCCAGCUAAAUGUGUGUCACGUCAAAUAGUAUGUGUCAUGUUAUGCGUCCUGUGCUAUGCUAUGCGUUGUCCCUUUCACACGUCCUUAUGACGUCACAACUCGCGUGCUCGUGCACUCACUGCGCCGUUGCCAUGGCUACCAGAGAGAAGUUCGUGUUUACACCUGGAACUGGAAAUAACUUUCUGUUAUCGGUAUCCAAAGCGGCGCGCUGGCCGCCGCUCCCAAGGAGUGGCGGUCGCCGGUCGACGCCCGUCAUCUGCUUCUGUAUACUGAUUCUGUCAGCAGUCUGGGGCGGGGGAAGGGUCACGGAUAUAGGGAGAGGGGCCCUGCAAUUGAUAGAAGGGGGAGCGACAGGAGAAAUCAUGGGAUCUUUCGCGGUCGGUGAAUGAGCGGGCUGACAUAUUGGUGUGGGUGCUUGGGCCGGUAUGCGUGUUGGGCAAACGGACCAGAACAGCAUUCAAGCUCGUGUGUUUAAUUCGCAAACAACCCGAUAAGUUUCGAUGCAUGUGCGUGUUUUCAAUAGGUGCUGGUUUCACAUGCAGUGUAGGAUAGGCAUUUAGCAGGCAUUCGUUGAUCCUCAUCCAAAGACUUGAUUUCCAAUAAUGAAUUUGAUCUAAAAGUGCACUAUCCGAUGUGUUUCAUCACCCAUCACUCAUGUUUGCAUGAACCUGUCAUUUGUCUGAUGAAUACAUGCACUGUGGGUGGGCAUUUGAAUGAAUACCAAUGAAAAGAUAAUUACAUGUAAAGGAG